AAUAAGAAUAUGAUACUCACAUAUUACUGAAGUAUUUCUUAUGCAGUGUUUUCUGCUUUCUGUUUGUGUGUGUGGAGGAGAAAUUUAAAUACCGGGUGAAUAAAGUCGCCCUGCCCGUGAACUUUUACAGUGGAGCACAAAUCCAGCCUCACGAGGACAGUUUGACCGAGUUACACAUCGCGUGCCAACAGAGCGGUUCUCGUGACAGCGGGACAGAUGCUUCUCAGGCAAACGCUGCCUUGGCUGCAGGAAGGGCAGCGACACAGCUUGGCUCACGCUGCCGUGUCCCUCUGAACAAGCGGAGGAUUAAUUAUUUUUUUACGCUGUUUACACCGUAGAGUGCGAGGAGUGGAAGUGGACCCCGGUUUUUGUUUCUGUGGAUCCUGUGUGGGACGGGAACGCGCGACAGGGGUGCGUGAUGCCGCCCCAACAGACGUCAGAGUGAGGCUGUGAAGAGGGUAAGAAAGGCACGCAACUGUCCGGCCCUGCUGGGAGGUGAGAUGGCUGCUGCUGAAUGGGUCUCUGAGCCUUCAGGCAAAGUCAUGGUGGUUAAAACAGAGAAGCAGGAAUGCAGGGACAACAUCCAUCAGAGACAAAUCAUCCUGCAGCUAAAUGGGCUAAAUGGCGACAGUGUCGGUACUGCCACCAGAGUUUUAGCGAUAGAGACACAUCAAAGUGACUGUGAAGCCGAUGGAACAGAGAUAGAGUAUGGCUACCCCAUCACUUGUGGAGACAGCGCAGCAGUCCUGCUGUUUAAGAAGUUUGUCUGUCCUGGAAUCAAUGUACGAUGUGUUAAGUUCAAUGACCAGCUCAUUAGUCCCAAGCAGUUUGUACACUUGGCAGGAAAAGCCACUCUGAAGGACUGGAAAAGAGCCAUCAGAGUGGGAGGGGUUAUGCUCAGGAAAAUGAUGGACUCUGGCCAGAUAGAUUUCUACCAGCAUGAGUCAGUGUGCAGCAACACCUGCCGCAGCACCAAGCUCGAUGUGCUGAUGAACAGCACCCGGCCUCCUCCAGGGGCCUUGGUGCAGCCAAGCCUGUCGUGUUUGGCUCUCGAGCCUGUUGGGGGACAGCUGGCUACUGUGACAGGGGAAGCAGGCGAUGCAGUGGAGUUGGAGGAGUCUUUGGAGGAAAUGGUUGGAGCGGCAUCAGAGCAGAGUAAUGGUUCAACACAGCUUGUAAACUCCACAAACAACGGACAUCCUGCCAACAUAAAGAGAGCUGAUUCACUUGGUGGAGUGAUGAGACUUUGGAGGGGUGUAGCAGAGUCUGGGCUGAUGGUGGAUGUUCUGUCUGGCCUCCAUGCUAAACUUGUGAACACCCUUAAAGGUGUCGAGCUUCGCAGCGAGAACGGCAGCCUGCAGGAGACAGAUGCUCAUAUACUGAAUUCUCUGUGUGAGAUGUUUGGACUUUUGGACUCGGUGAAACAAGCCCUGGACCUUCGAUGCACUCAGAACCAAGAAAGUAAAAUCCAUCACGUGCUGGACGAGAUCUCGGAGGAACGCAGGAAGCAGAGCUGCAAUCAAAGAAAAUCUUACAAGACCUCAUCCUUGAAACACCUCCGACCUCACCGUCAGAGCCAGCAGAAAAGACGCGUGCACGACUCGCUGUUGAAUGAAAGGACAAACACAGUGAUCCGUCCGCUUUCUUUCACUGGUUUAUCUGCUGCAUCUCAUGCUCAGGUCUUUAGCCAUUUCUCUGCCCCCGCUGGCUGGAGUCACCUUGUUGGAGCCGGCAGGACAGACGGAGUGGGCCAAAGUGGCAACGGGAAAAAAGAUACCUCAGGACAGAACAAAGAGAUGAAACAGAAGACGGUACUUCUUCCUGGAGAUGGUCCGAUCAGAUGUGACGAGGCGGGGACGACAAAAAGCUCGCAUGGCAGAGAGAACGUUAAAUAGAUUUCUGUGGCUCAAACUGAGAGCAAAAUGCAAGAGAUUAAAUGAAAACCUGCAGCGGAGACUCCACACUCACUAAUAUGUUGUGGAACAAACCUUCCUCAUUGUGAGGUAUCCCAUGUCUAUUGGAUUGGGUCUUUAGAACCACUGGUGGAUAUAUAAACUAUAUCCAGAUAAAGGUACUGUACACUUCUAACAGCAUUUCCUGAAGAACAGUGUCUUAUUAAUGGUUACAUUGUGGUGGCUGACUGGUAUAUAAAUGUUUUUUUUUUUUGGUGUAAUAACUACAGAAACAGAGGUACAGACGUACACCAGACAAAUUGUGAUGUUUACAAUAAGUGUUGGUUUUAGGCACUUUAUAAGAAAAAUUCAAUCAAAGAAAAAAAUAUUAAAUAAUCUCUUUAUUGACACGCUGACCUGUAAUGUACAUUGUUAAUGUAUAUUUUUUUUAUUUUUCACUUUUAUAAUGCUAAAACACACAGUACUCAAGGAACUUAAAAUACCAUUUUGCUUUUUAAUUUUAUACCUUUUAUAUAAACUCAGUUACAACAAAGUAACUUUACAUUAAAAUUAUGCCGUCCAAUUCAUUUCCAAUUAUCUAAAAAAGAUAUGAAGAAUCAAAUUUAGUCAGUUACUGAUCUACAUACCUUCUAACUUAAUCCGAAUUAUAAUACAGUACAGUCACAUUCAGUUAAUCAUUUGAGACCUAUUGGUAAAAGGUUAAGGAAGGCAAGCUGAAUGCAUAAAGUAUCAGCGGGAGACAAUUGGGAGUUGGGGGGACAGAGGGGAGACAGACACAGAAGCACCUAACCAGCAGUACUUUCCAAGGACAGAAAUACAAAAGGAGAACACAAGGUUAACAGCAGCAAUAGCUCACUCUCUCAUUUUGUCUAUGUAAAUCCACCAAAUUACUAUGUGUGUAAUUUUUAAAUUAUUUUAUAAUUAAUCUGGCUGUAAAUAUUUGCCCAAUUUGAAUUAGAGGACAUAUUUAUUGCAAGUCGAGUUUGUUGUUUAAAUUUA